AUGGGCACGCCCGUGAACAAGCUGCACGAGAUGGGGUACGUCUCCAUCGGGUGCGCGCCGUGCACGCGCGCGGUGCUGCCGGGGCAGCAGGAGCGCGAGGGGAGGUGGUGGUGGGAGGACGGCGCGAUGAAAGAGUGCGGUCUUCACAGCGGCAACGUCUCCGCGGAGGACAAGGCGCGUUCUAUCUCACGCCGGUCCCCAUACGACCGCGUUCGCGUGGUGAACGCCGCGAAGCAGGACGCGAGGGAGGCGACGGAGGAGGACAUCUUCGUGGACGGGUCCGUGCGGGCGCUCGACCGCGCGGGGAUCGACGCGCUGCGCGGCGAGGACGCGCACGCGAAGACGACGCUCGCGGUGCUGUACGCGCCGUGGUGUCCGUUUUGCCAGGCGAUGGAGGGCGGGUAUGAGUCGGCGGCGGCGGCGCUCGGCGCCAAGGGCGUGGACGUGGUCAAGUUCCGCGCGGACGGCGACGAGAAGGAGUGGAGCAAGGAGUGCCUGUCUCUCGCGUCGUUCCCGACCGUGCUGCUGUUCCCGGAGGGCAGGGCUGGGUACGUCAAGCUCGGGAGCGAGCGACGGGGCCCGGAGUCGCUGAACAUCUUCGUCGAGUCCGUCGUCGGGAAGUUGUGA